AUGUCGAAGUCCGUGUACUUUCGAGAAGAAAACGAAUCAGACACGACAAAACUAGAAAAGACUCUAGCUGCCACGGGAGCCGAAGUCGACGAAAUUUCAAAAUACCGUCGUUUAUUUAUUAAAGAAAUAUCUACUGGACUUCGUUUUCUCAUCGAUACGGGAGCCAACGUGUCUGUCCUACCAAUAAGAAAAAUAGAAAAAAGCAGAAUGAAGCAAAAUAGUAACCUAUACGCCGCCGACGGAACGUCAAUACCAUCAUAUGGCGAACGAACAAUGGUUUUGAAUAUCGGUUUACGGAGACCCUUCAAAUGUAAUGUUGUGAUCGCCGAAGUAACUCGACCAAUAUUAGGCGCCGACUUCCUGCACAAACAUCAACUUACAGUCGACAUUCAUGGGCGGCGAUUGAUUGACAAAAAAACUGGGUUAUCUGUCAUCGGGUACGUCAUACCUACAUCAAAGCACAGUAUCAACACUGUAAGCAACAAGCAACCGUAUCACGACCUAGUGGCAAAGUACCCAGAUAUCACUCGACCAACGCUGAAGCUCUGUCACAGUGAGCCACCGCCGCCGUUUCAAUUUGAUAAUAGUUUGUGCAACAUAACUUCUGGGAAUCUGAGUACAGAAUGGCAAAAGUGGAAGACUGCAUUCAACAUCUACUAUGAAGCUUGUGAAUUAUCCAACAAAAACAAGAAAACGCAAGUUAACAUUUUGCUACAUAUUGUUGGCGAGAAAUGUCGAGAAGUAGCGGCACAAUUUAAUGAACAGUGGAAUACGGUGGAUGAGUUAUUAAAAAAGUUUGAUGACUUUUUUAUACCAAAGAAAAAUUUGGCAGUGGAACGCCAUAAGUUUUUCAAGAGGGACCAAAGGGAGUUAGAAUCUGCAGAACAAUACGUUUUUGAAUUAAACAAGAUGGCGGUCCAGUGUGAAUUUAAAGAUUUACGUGACGAUCUUGUCUGUAGCAGGUUGAUAUGUGGCAUAAGGGAUAUAGCCCUAUCCGAAAGAUUAUUACGUGAACCAGACAUGAGGUUAGAAAAAGCAAUCGAAAUAUGCAGAUUGGCGGAAAUGUCGCGUAUGCAAGCAAGGAACAUCAAGGAAAACCAAGAAUAUAAUAGCCAGGUACACGCGAUUAAUGAAGAAAAGAUAAGCGAGCACGACAUUAAUGGGCAGUCCACGCAGGGUUCACGCACAUCAAAGCAGACAAAGACCGGCCGUUCUCGUUAUGACCAUCCGCCGAGACAAGACACGGUGAACCACUCAACUCAUACUAAAUAA